AUGCUGGGAAACGCGGCUCUCGUUAAAACCAAACUCAUCAAAGCUCAAAUUAUCAAAAAAGCUAAAAAAAGUGACAUAAAAGCAGCAACUAUCGUUUCACGUGCCUUACGUGGUGUCUUAUCACCAGUUACUGCUUUGAUGCCUAAACAAGAAUCAUUAUCUCGGACUGUCAACCGCAUUCGACUCAAAAAUAAUCCACAACCACUCGUCAUAUCAUCUCGAGGUGAUUUGCAGUUGUCUUCUGACCUCACACAAACACACAGUAAUGAAUUAUUUUUGCUGCACGAUAGCGGUGGGAACAAGAAACGUUUUUUAAUGUUCACAACAGCAAAAAACUUAAAUUAUUUAUCAAGAUGCCAACACUGGCUUGGUGAUGGUACAUUCAAAAGUGUACCUCACAUCUUUGCACAACUAUAUUCCAUCCACGGCUAUGUAAAAGAGAAAUCUAUACCACUUGUCUACAUAUUAUCACCGGAUAAAUCUAAAAGCACUUACACCAAAUUUUUGACAGUAUUGAGAGCAAAUUUACCGAAUUUUUCACCACAACGCAUUAUUGUAGACUUUGAAGAAGCUUUCAUUCAAUCUUUCAAGACAAUAUAUCCAAACGUGAAAAUUUCUGGAUGUAACUUUCAUUUUAAUCAAUGUGUGUGGCGGCACAUCCAAUCUUGUGGUUUACAAAAGUUAUAUAAUAACGAUAUUAUAUUUGCCACCAACAUACAUUUACUCACAGCGUUAGCUUUUAUACCUUCUAGAGAUGUCAUUGAAGGUUAUGAAUGGAUUGUCUCAACUGAUUACUAUGACCGUCACAGUGAUAUAUUGGAUGAAUUUCUCAACUACUUCGAAACUACAUGGAUUGGCAAGACUCGUCAUAAUAAAAAAAAAAGAGAAAAACCUAAAUUUGACAUUAAGCUAUGGAACGCCUACCGAGCAGUGACAGAAGAUCUUCUACGUUCGAAUAAUCCAAUAGAAGGAUGGCAUAACAGUUUAAACCGUCGUGUCGCUACUUCUCAUGCCUCUAUUCCACAAUUUUUAAAUGCUCUAAAAAAUGAACAAGUGAAGACGGAAUUACUUAUGACUCAGCUGAAUACCGGGUUAAAUGUUUCUACACGCCGUAAAGCGUAUCGUGAUUACGAUACACGACUCAAAAAUGUAAUAUUACACUACACUCCAGAUGAUAAACUUACAUAUCUCAAAAAUGUUGCUAAAAUUAUUUCUCUCAACACGAAUUAA